CCCCACAUCGGGCUCCCUGCUCGGCCGGGAGUCUGCUUCUCCCUCUCCCACUCCCCCUGCUUGUGUUCCCUCUCUCGCUGUGUCUCUCUCUGUCAAAUAAAUAAAUAAAAUCUUAAGAAAAAAAAAGAAUAUGUGUACCAAUUUGCAUUCUCAUCAACAUUGUAUAAGGGUGCAGGAGCCACUCUUGCAUGAGUAGCAAAAGUUCCAAGAGGCAAUACAUUUACUUAAAAAUUGGUGCAUUUUAUUGUGUGUAAACUAUACCUCAACAAAAGACCAAAGGAAAUACAUUAAAAAAACACAAAAAACAAAAAAACCUAACACAGUAAUUAUCAUGCGCCAUGGCUGGGAUAAGUGUAUGUAGCACUUUAAAACAAACUUCUGAGGUAGGUUCUGUUUUACAGAUGGGAUGUUGAAACUCAGUUCAAAAAACUUGCCCAAGUUGAAACAAGAAUUUCAGAGAGGGUCAGGUAACUUCCUAAGACCACACAGCGAGCAAGUGGCACGGCAAGGACUAAAGCCGUUGCUCUCAUCCUCCUCUGCAGCGGAGACGCUUCCUUCUCCGCGCCCCAGGAGAAGUGCAAAGGGUCCCUAAGAAAGCAGGAGGGGAGGAAGGGGAAGAGUUAAAAGGAAGCAGGUUGCGUCUGCUCGCGGCUUAGAAGAGGGGCUUCCGGAGCUGCAGGGUCCCGAAGCGGGUAUGAUGUAAUCACGCCGGUCUCUGCGUCAAAGGGCGGCUCCAGGGCUGCGGGCACUGCGGUAAAGCUCUUCCCGACCGCCGCACACCUUGUCCCGGUCUCCUGCUGUGGCUGGCCAGGCCAGCAGCGUCCGCUGUCGCCACUGUUCCACGCCAGGACUGCCAUCCAGAACCACCUGUGACUCCUGACAACUCCAAGCCACUAGUAACCCCUGACAGCCGCCACCAGUUAUCUGCGACACCUUUACAAUCACCGCUCGCCACCCACCCGGGUGCCCAGGGCGCGCCAUGAAGUCUGCCUCAAGCUCUCGCGGGGGUGGGUCGGGUGGCCGCGGGGGUGGCAGCUGGGGCGGCGGGGGGGGCGGGGGGCGGGGGGGCGCAGGCAAGGGAGGAGGAGGCGAUGGCGGCCCUGGGGGCAAGGGCGGCUUUGGGGCGCGGGCGCGUGGCUUCGGCGGCGGCCGGGGCCGGGGGCGCGGGGGGGGGGACAGUAGGGACCGUGGUGGCAGCGGGCAGCGGCGCGGCGGUGUGGGCAAAAACAAAAACCGCCGCAGGAAGGGCGCCAAUGCUGUGUCGGUGGAGCCACACAGGCAUGAGGGUGUCUUCAUCUACCGUGGAGCGGAAGACGCGCUGGUAACGCUCAAUAUGGUGCCAGGCCACUCGGUGUAUGGCGAGCGGCGGGUCACUGUGACCGAGGGCGGUGUGAAACAAGAGUACCGCACAUGGAACCCCUUCCGCUCCAAGCUGGCAGCGGCCAUCCUGGGCGGGGUCGACCAGAUCCACAUCAAGCCCAAGUCCAAAGUGCUGUACCUGGGCGCUGCCUCAGGGACCACUGUCUCUCAUGUCUCCGACAUCAUCGGCCCGGACGGCCUGGUCUACGCAGUUGAGUUCUCCCACCGCGCUGGCCGUGAUCUGGUUAACGUGGCCAAGAAGCGAACCAACAUCAUCCCGGUUCUCGAAGAUGCCCGGCACCCGCUCAAGUACCGCAUGCUUAUAGGGAUGGUGGAUGUGAUCUUUGCCGAUGUGGCCCAGCCUGACCAGUCCCGGAUAGUAGCUCUGAAUGCCCACACCUUCCUGCGCAACGGGGGCCACUUUCUCAUUUCCAUCAAGGCCAACUGCAUCGACUCCACUGCAUCUGCUGAGGCAGUGUUUGCUUCUGAGGUGAGGAAGUUGCAGCAGGAGAACUUAAAGCCUCAAGAGCAACUGACCCUGGAGCCCUACGAGCGGGACCACGCUGUGGUCGUGGGGGUCUACCGGCCCCUUCCCAAGAGCGGCGGCAAGUAGCACCCAGCAAGGGCUGUCCCUGGGCUCUCCCCAAUCUGUGCUGUGUUCAGUAUAA